AAACUACUAAAAUUUUUUGAUUUAAAUUUUAGUUAUAUAAGAGCUUAAACUAUAAUUGCUAUUGUCUCUAAAGCGCAUAUACGCAAUAAGCAUGCAGACACCUCCAGUUCUUGAUCUAAAAAGGCCAGGCUCAAAGCCUUUUUUAAACGGGCAAAGUAAGAGCGUUAGUUUUACAGAUGAGAUGGAGAACAUGGAACUGGAAAAUGAAUACGUCGCCGUUGAACCAAACAUAAUAGAAGCAAAAAAGAUCAAAAAAAACCUUUGCGGAAGAAAAUAACUCAGCAGAACUCAGUAAUAAAAAGCAAAUUUGGGGACGUCCAGUGGUAGAGGCGAGUUAUUAUAAGGACCACUCGUUGCUGUUUAUGCAGACUGCCGUAGACUACACGUUUGAGCCUGUCUUGCCGGGCAUGCCGGGGUUAAAGACCGGUACUGCCCCCGUUAUAAGACUGUACGGCGUUACUGCUGAAGGGAACAGCGUUCUCUGCAAAGUUCAUGGAUUUUUGCCUUACUUUUUUGUGCAGGCGCCCCAACAUUUCGACUAUGCAGAUUGUGAUUACUUCAGGGCUUAUUUUAAUUCUGCAUUAUUAGAAUCUUCCACAAAACAUAAAGAGCCUGUUUUAAAAGUUGAAGUUUGUUAUAAAAAGAGUAUCUUUGGCUAUACUGAAGGGAAUAAUUUUUCUCCCUUUUUACGAGUCACCAUGGCCGUCCCUAAACUGGUAGCAACUUUGCGCAGAAUUAUUGAAAGUGGGAUUCAUUUGGGCCCAAAAUACGGAACUCUAAAAUUACAACCGUACGAAGCCAAUAUCGAGUUUGUUAUUCGCUUUAUGGUAGAUGCUAAUAUUGUUGGCUGCAAUUGGAUUGAGCUUCCCAAAGGCCAGUUUUGCGUGGUCAACUCCACAGCCAAGCAGCCUGACCACGUGCAAAUAUUAGUCAAUGUUGCUUAUGACAAAAUUAUUUCUUAUCCUGCUGAAGGAAGCUGGCUAAAAUUAUCGCCACUGAGAAUAUUGAGUUUUGAUAUCGAAUGCGCUGGCCGCGAGGGACACUUUCCUGAACCUAAAUUGGACCCGGUGAUUCAAAUUGCUAACAUGGUCAUGAAUUUGGGUGCCAAAAAACCGUUUAUUCGGAACGUCUUUACUUUGGGGACAUGCGCCCAUAUUGUUGGUAGUGAGAUUAUUCAGUUUGAAAAAGAAAAAGAAUUGUUAAGAAAGUGGAAAGACUUCGUGUUAGCAAGCGAUCCAGAUAUUAUUACUGGCUAUAAUAUUACUAACUUUGACCUUCCAUUUUUAGUGGAGCGAGCAAAAGUUUUAGGUGUCAAUGAUUUUCCUUAUUUUGGUCGUACGCACUCUGAAUGUAUUGUAAAAGAAACGACAUUUUCGAGUCGGGCGUAUGGCAAACGUGAAAAUAAAGCCACCGGAGUGGACGGGAGAGUUACUUUCGAUGUUUUUCAGUUUUUACAGCGUGAAUACAAGUUAUCUUCGUAUACGUUAAACGCUGUCUCUGCACAUUUUCUUAAUGAACAAAAGGAAGAUGUUCAUCAUUCUAUUAUAACAACUUUGCAGAACGGCACGGACGAGACGCGAAGGCGACUAGCGAUUUACUGUUUGAAGGAUGCUUAUCUCCCGUUGCGUUUACUGGACCAGUUAAUGGGCUUGUACAAUUAUAUUGAGAUGUCACGUGUUACUGGGGUUCCUUUAGAUUCUCUGUUGUCUCGCGGGCAGCAAAUAAAAGUUGUUUCACAACUCAUGCGGAAGUCUCUUACUGGUGACUUUAUUAUUCCAACUUGUAACGUUCAUGGAAGUGAUGAGCAGUUUGAAGGCGCCACUGUUAUUGAACCUCUGACUGGCUACUACAACUGUCCCAUUACAACUCUUGAUUUUACUUCUCUGUAUCCGUCUGUAAUGAUGGCGCACAAUUUAUGUUAUACAACCUUACUAAAGAAUGGAAAACAUAAAGAACUGAAGGACGAUGAAUACAUACGAACGCCCAGCGGUAAUUAUUUUAUUAAAGGGAAGAAAUUUAAAGGACUGUUGCCAGGAAUUUUAGAAGAUUUAUUAGCUGCACGUAAACGGGCCAAACAUGAUUUAAAAAACGAAACAGAUUCUUUUAAAAGGGCGGUAUUAGACGGAAGACAAUUGGCUUUGAAAAUUAGCGCCAAUUCUGUUUAUGGUUUUACUGGAGCUACUGUAGGAAAGUUGCCAUGCUUGGAAAUUUCUUCUAGUGUUACUGCGUUUGGCCGCCAGAUGAUUGAUAAAACUAAAGAAUUGGUUGAAGGAAAAUAUACAAUACAAAAUGGAUAUCCGCACGACGCUAAAGUUAUUUAUGGCGAUACUGAUUCGGUUAUGGUCAAGUUUGGCUGUGAUGAUCUUGCUACGGCCAUGGCUAGAGGGCAUGAAGCCGCCUCUUAUGUUUCAAGUUUUUUUGCUCAUCCAAUUAAACUCGAAUUCGAAAAAGUUUACUUUCCCUAUUUGCUUAUCAGUAAAAAACGAUACGCUGGUUUGUAUUGGACGAAAGAAGAUUCCUAUGAUAAGAUGGAUUGUAAAGGAAUCGAAACUGUUCGCAGAGACAACUGCUUAUUGGUUAAAAACGUUAUCAACGUUUGCUUGCAUAAAAUACUUAUAGACCGAAAUCUGGAGGGCGCACAACAAUAUUGCCGCGAGACCAUCGCCGACUUACUUCAGAAUAAAAUUGACAUUUCCCAGUUAGUCAUUACGAAAGCUUUAAGCAAGCAGGAGUCUGAAUACUCUGGAAAGCAGGCGCACGUGGCUUUGGCUGAGCGCAUGCGCCAACGCGACUCAUCGACUGCCCCAACGUUAGGAGAUAGAGUACCUUACGUUAUUAUCAAAGCGAAAAAAGGAGCUGCCGCUUAUGAAAAGUCCGAAGACCCAAUUUACGUAUUAGAAAAUAAUAUACCCAUUGAUACUAACUAUUAUUUGCAAAACCAGCUAUCGAAACCGCUCACGCGUUUAUUUGAACCAAUCAUCGGGAAAACAAAACUUCAGUCCUUAUUGGCGGGAGAGCACACCCGCUCCAUUUCUAUAGCAACACCCGUGACUGGCGGUCUAAUGAAGUUUACUAAAAAAAUAGAAAGUUGUAUUGGCUGUAGAGCUUCCAUUCCUAAAGGCUUUGCUGUCUGUGAACACUGCAAGUCUCGAGAAGCGGAAAUUUAUCAAAAGGAGCUUUACGAUAUGAGAAUUUUGGAAUACAAGUUUUCACGUUUGUGGACGCAAUGCCAGCGCUGCCAAGGAAGUUUCCAUCAUGACGUCCUAUGCACGAGUCGCGAUUGCCCAAUUUUUUAUAUGAGAAAGAAAGUAAAAAAAGAUUCUAAUGAACAGCAAAAGUUACUCGCGAGAUUUUCACUUCGUUGUUUAGCUCAAUGAUCAUACGCUUCUGAAACUCUACUUGAUGAGCGGAAAAUGAAUAUACUUGUUCCUACUCUUCGACAAAUUAAGGGAAAGUCUAUGAGGAAGCGGUG